AUGAAUAAGCCUAUAUAUAGAGAGUAUUCUAACUUAAAAGGAGAUGAUGGAGAUCCUAACAAUACCAGGUUGGUCUAAAUCAAUGAUGAUAACAGUCAUACUCAUAUUGAAAAUUCUAUAAAACAAACUUUCAAUGAAUACAAUAAAUACUAGGAACCAAAUGUUUUCUCACCUUCUAACAGUAACAGUGAGAAAAAAGAGUUGAAAACGGAUACUUAGAAAGAAUUUAAAGCUCCCAGACUCAUUAUAUAAAAUAUAACAGACUCUGACAAACUCAUUGAAAUAACAACUACUGAUCAUGUUGAUAAGUUAGACCCUAUAAAGUCAUUAAAGGGUAUGUUGGGUUCAGAAACUGUAUAAUAUCAAAAAAGAAGAAUCAAAUUUAGAAAUCCGACUUAUGAAUUUAAGGUAAGAUAAAAGAAGAUAUUAAAUUGGAAAUCAGAAGCAAUGUGUAAAUGGAAAAUCAAUCUCAUUAUUAUUUUAUUUGUUGUAAGGUUAGAAAAGAAUAUAAAUCAUAAAAAUUAGAUAAAACAUUAGAUUUAAACAAUCAAGCAAGAAAAUAGUAAUAACAAAUUUAAUUAAUAAGAGAAUCGUGUCAAAAAGAUAUGCAUCUCAGUAUUAAAAUUGAUGUGUGGAUUAUUUUUAGCAAUGUUAAUAAGUUUUAUGUUGUUGCCCUUUAUUUUAAUUUCAGAUUUAUUCUUAAGGCUUUAUACUUAUAAUAGUUUAUAUGUAAAAUAUGCAUGGUCAUAUGA